UACUUGAAUCUGAAUCAAACAAACCAUGACGACUGAGGACGUGGAGCGCCUGUUGAUCCAGUUCCAGGACGAGGAGGGAGAGGUUCUGGGCUCACUUGAUGUGCCUCUGGACAUCACCCCUGACAAACUACAGCUCGUCUGCAAUGCACUUCUACAGAAGGAGGAGCCGGUGCCACUCGCAUUCUUUGUCCGUGGCGAGGCCGAGGUUGUGUCCAGUCUGGGUUUGUGUGUGAAGGCUCUGGGCGUCGAGACAGAGCAGGUUCUGCCAGUGGUGUACCAGCCUCAAGCUGUGUUCAGGGUCCGAGCUGUGUCCCGCUGCACCAGCACGCUACAGGGGCACACAGAAGCUGUCAUCUCCACUGCCUUUAGCCCCACUGGCAAAUAUCUGGCCAGUGGCUCAGGUGACACCACAGUGCGUUUUUGGGACUUGAUGACUGAGACGCCUCACCAUACUGCCAGAGGGCACACACAUUGGGUGCUGAGCAUCGCCUGGUCACCUGACGGCAAGAAACUGGCUUCAGGGUGCAAGAACAGUCAGAUCUGCCUGUGGGAUCCACUGACCGGAGCACAGAUUGGAAAGACUUUGAUUGGGCACACUAAGUGGAUCACUUGGCUCUGUUGGGAACCUCUUCACCUUAACCCGGAGUGUCGGCAUUUAGCCAGUAGCUCUAAGGAUGGCAGCAUACGAAUCUGGGACACCGUGUUGGGACGCUGCGAGAAGAUCCUGACCGGUCACACUCAGUCAGUCAGCUGUGUGAAGUGGGGAGGAGACGGACUGCUCUACACAUCCUCCCAGGACAGAACGGUCAAAGUCUGGAGGGCUAAAGAUGGUGUCCAGUGCAGGACUCUGCAGGGGCACGCUCACUGGGUGAACACCCUGGCUCUCAGCACAGACUACGUCCUGCGAACUGGAGCUUUUGAACCUGCAACUGCCACCAUCAACCCUCAGGACCUCACCGGAUCAUUGGACGAGCUGAAAGAGAGAGCUUUGCAGCGCUACAAUAAAGUUAGGGGUCAGGCUCCAGAGCGUUUGGUGUCUGGCUCGGAUGACUUCACCUUGUUCUUGUGGAACCCAGCAGAAGACAAGAAGCCUCUGGCCAGGAUGACGGGCCACAGCGCUCUGGUCAACGAGGUGCUCUUCUCUCCUGACACAAGACUCCUUGCCUCUGCGUCAUUUGAUAAAUCUAUCAAAAUCUGGGACGGACGCACCGGAAAGUACCUGAUAUCCCUGCGUGGACAUGUGGGCUCUGUGUAUCAGGUGGCGUGGUCUGCAGACAGCAGGCUGCUGGUCAGUGGCAGCAGCGACAGCACCCUUAAAGUCUGGGACAUCAAGACGGGAAAGCUGAACAUGGACCUGCCGGGCCACGCUGAUGAGGUGUUUGCAGUGGACUGGAGUCCUGAUGGACAAAGAGUGGCCAGUGGUGGGAAGGACAAAUGUCUCAGAAUAUGGAGAAGGUAACCUCACCUCUGAUCCCUGACCUAACUUUUGAUGAGGAUUUCAAAUCUUCUACUUCCUGAGAAGCCCGACAGCUGGAGCAAAGAUGGUUAAACUGAACCUAAUCCCAAGUUUGGCUGUAGUACACUGUGGGUCAAGGAACUCCUGUCUGGUCAUGGUGCCAUUGAAGUCUCCAGGUUUGAAACCCACUAGAGAAUAAAAACAGAGUAACUCAGUAAAGGCUUUUUACUGAGCUUGAGAUUAUUGAAGCCACACUGUCAUAUGUAAGUCAGUGCUGGCUCAAAUUUGAACAUAAAAAAGGUCUUAUGGCCACAUGGGCUCUGACCAAUAACUUCUACUUCAGUGUCGAAUGCACACACAAUGUACAAGUAUAUGAAAACUAGAUAUUUAAGCUAAUGCUUACAUGAUAUUUCUCAAGGAAUUCAACCAGCUGCACAGGACAGAAUAAGCACAGGAGGAUGUUUUUUUCCAGCAGCGUGUGCAUCCUCCACUUCACCUUAAGCCUUACUAAAUGAAUGGUAGAAUGUAGGUGACAGGUGCACUGGGGGAGGAAACAGGUGGGAGCGCUAAUACCUUUCCUCUGUGAUGUCAGUGUCGACUGCGCUCGGCCUGCUAUUCAUCCUUUAAUCUCCUCCGUCCUGCGAUCAUGCGAAAGCUUCAGCCUGCUGGUUUUUCCAGCCAAAUGUCAACAGCUCUGAAGUGUGUGUGACUCAGGAGGAGUACUUUUCUAAUUAAAAUAAGCAGUUUAAUUUCUUGUAUAUAACCGGCUUUGUGAGUAUUUACUGAAUAAAUAUUUGCAUUACAGCUUUUA